AUGUAAACGCGUUAUCCUCGUCAUUAGUGCACUCAAUCUGUCAUCAAUAUUCCACCACCGUAAGUCACUGUUGUUAGAAGUAUAUCUCCAGUUGUUGUUAGAACUUUAGAAGGUAAUAAAUAAAAUUAUUUAGUUCCGGUAUAUUAUCAGAAUGAUCAAACUAAUUGGAAAGAUAAAUAUUAUGAACUCAGGCAUUAAUAUUGGUUAUUGGAAGAUAAAUGUAGUAAAUUAGAAGAAUUAUAAAUCAAACAUAGUAGAUGCGAAGUUGUGAGAGAAAGUGAAUUAAAAUAAAUCAAUAAUCUCUUUAAUUAGAGUUAGCAUGAUAUUAAAUAAUUAAAGCAGUGUUUGGCGAAAGUUGAUACUUAGAUGAAUGAUGAUUAUAAACUUAAAUAUUAAUAGGUAAACAAUCAACUUGAAACCAUCAAAUCAGAAUAUAUCAAAUUACAAUAAGAACUAUACCACUCUUAGUAAUAAUCCACUUAAGACACCUAGAGAUAUCCAUUAUAAAUAAAUCAAUUAAUCAUAUAAAAUAAUGAACUUUAACGAUAAAAUGAAUAAUUACUAAUAUUAAAUCAAAGCUUGUAGUAAUAAAUAGAUACUCUUCAUAUUCGAUACACUGAAUCUGGAAAUCAAUACAAUUAAGUUCAAGAAUUAUUAGCAUUAACAGUCCUUAAAAAUGCUGAAAUAGACAGCCUAAGAUUAUUGGUUUCAGAAAAAGAAAAAUUGAUUCAAUAACUUCGCACUUAAUAUUUAUCAUAAUAUAGAUGA